AAAAAGUAUGAAACACUUAUUGGUAUAAACACUAGCCAGUGUCCUUCUAAAUGUGUACAUAUAGGUAGGCAGUUAGAAGUGAAGCUAUUCGUUGAUUUAAAUUCCUGCAAAUACUACAUAAUUGAUUUGACCCAAAUUUGCCUAUAAUUAUCAACAUACCAUGGAAAAUUUUAGUAUCAUAUCCUCUAAAAUUUUAAAAGCUAAAACAUACAUCUCAGUUUUUGAAAUUCUACGACAUCAUUUACACUGAAAACAUAUAGUAAACCAUUAGUCCAAGAACAGUGAUAGCUGAUACAUAUGAUGAGCUACCAGUGUUUGACACCGAUAAGAGUCCUAUGGGGUGGGAGCCAUUCUUACAACCUAUUUGCAGAUGAGAGCACUGAAGCUCCAGCAGGUUCAGUUCUUUCUAGAGUCACAGUGCUGCUAAGAGCCAACGCUGAAGUCUGAGAAGCUGAGUUUAUACAAUCAACUUGAGAUCAGUUUGCUUUAGGGGACCCCUGGCGAUGGCAGAAAUGAACCCAGCACAGGGCCGUGUGGUCUUUGAGGACGUGGCCAUAUAUUUCUCCCAGGAGGAGUGGGGGCACCUUGAUGAGGCUCAGAGGUUGCUGUACCGCGAUGUGAUGCUGGAGAAUUUGGCCCUGUUGUCCUCGUUAGGUUGUUGCCAUGGAGCUGAGGAUGAGGAGGCACCUUUAGAGCCAGGUGUUUCCGUAGGAGUGUCACAGGUCAUGGCUCCAAAGCCCUGUCUAUCUACCCAGAAGACGCAACCCUGUGAGACAUGUAGCUCACUUCUGAAGGACAUUCUGCGUCUGGCUGAGCAUGACGGAACACACCCCGAACAGGGACUGUACCCGUGUCCAGCACAUCUUCACCAGCACCGAAAGGAGCAGAUUAGAGAGAGACUUUCCAGAGGGGAUGGAGGAAGACCGACAUUUGUGAAGAACCACAGCGUUCACAUGGCAGGGAAGACCUUCUUGUGCAGUGAAUGUGGGAAAGCCUUUAGCCACAGACAUAAACUUGCUGACCAUCAGAAAAUCCACACUGGAGAAAGACCUUAUAAGUGCAGCAAAUGUGGGAUAUUGUUUAUGGAAAGGUCCACACUCAAUAGACAUCAGAGAACUCACACUGGAGAAAGGCCUCAUGAGUGCAAUGAAUGUGGGAAGGCCUUUCUUUGUAAGUCUCACCUUGUUCGUCACCAGACAAUCCACUCUGGAGAAAGGCCUUAUGAGUGCAGCGAAUGUGGGAAAUUGUUUAUGUGGAGUUCCACACUCAUUACACAUCAGAGGGUUCACACUGGAAAGAGGCCUUAUGGUUGCAGUGAAUGUGGGAAGUUCUUUAAGUGCAACUCAAACCUCUUUAGGCAUUACAGAAUUCAUACAGGAAAAAGGUCUUAUGGUUGCAGUGAAUGUGGGAAGUUCUUUAUGGAGAGGUCUACACUCAGUAGACAUCAGAGAGUUCACACUGGAGAAAGGCCUUAUGAGUGCAACGAAUGUGGGAAAUUCUUUAGCUUGAAAUCUGUCCUCAUUCAGCACCAAAGAGUUCACACUGGAGAACGGCCUUAUGAAUGCGGUGAAUGUGGGAAGGCCUUCCUUACAAAGUCCCACCUCAUUUGUCAUCAGACAGUUCACGCUGCAGCAAAGCAGUGCAGUGAAUGUGGGAAAUUCUUUAGGUAUAACUCCACACUUCUCAGACAUCAGAAAGUCCACACUGGAUAAGGCCCUUAUGAAUGCAGUGGAUGUGGGAAAGCCUUCAGUCGCCAACAUAUUGUGGCUGGACAGCAGGCAGUACACACUGGAGAAGGACUGAGUGCCAUGAAUGUGGGUAAUUAUGUAGGUACAGUUCUCCAAUCGCUACGUAUCAGAUAAUUCACACUGCAGAAAUGUGUGUUCAGCAAACUUGGGACAUUAUUUUGGUUUGACUCUCAUUAGACAUAGGAGAGUUUACACUGAAGAAGAGUCUUUUCAAUAAAGUAGGAAGUGGUAAAGAUUCAACAUGCAAGAUUGUACUUACUGGGCUUCAGAAUAUCCACACUAGCGAAAGUCUUCUGAGUACGGCAAAUGUGUGACGUUAUUUUGCUGCUACUUCGCACUACUUAGACACCGGUAGUUCACACUGGAGAAAGGCCACAUAUGUGCCUUGAAUGUAGCCAAGAUAAUGAACAACUCCCAGAAAUCUCUGAUGUAGCAGUGAGAACUAGUAUCGUGUUUUUUAAAAAACAAUGGUAAAGUACAUGCCACAUCAAAUUUGCCAUCUUAACUGUUGUAAUGUCCUGUUUAAUACUUGAAGUACAUUCACAUUGUUGUGCAAAUAAUAUCCUGAACUCUUUAUCUUGUAAAAUGAAACUCUAUAACCAUUAAAUAACAACUCAUUCCCACAUUUCUUCAGUCCUUGGCGACCACCAUGCUAAAGUCAUUAUGAAUCUGACUAUUCUUGGUACUUUACAGAAGAAGAAUCUUAGAGUGUUUUUCAUUUUUUUUUUUUUUUUUUCACUUAGGAUAAUAUCCUCAAAUUUCAGCCAUGUUUUAGCAUGUGUCAGAAAUUUUAAGGCUGAGCAAUAUUUCAUUGUUGCCAUUUGCCACAUUUCCUUUAUUUAUGACAUCUAUUCAUGGACACUUGGGUUACUUCUACCUCUGGCUAUUGUGAAUGUUGUCCCUACAAGCAUAAGGGCACAAAUAUCUCUUCGAGUCCCUGCUUUCAGUUCUUAAUGGGUAUACCCAAAAAAGUGGAACCGCUGGAUCCUGUGGUAAUUCUAACUUUAAUUCUCUGACGAACUGAGAAACUUUUCCAUAAAACUUGUACCGUUUUACAUUCCUAGCAUUUCACAAAAGUUGUGAUUUGUCCUCAUUCUAAUCCAUAGAAGGCAACAUUUCUAACAAGUUUCUAGGUGAUUUUGUUGUUGCUGAUGCAGGGACUACAUUUUGAGAACUGCCCUAUCCCAUUUUUAUUACAAUGCAGAUAUUCUGUAAAUACCCCUUGUUUGUAUGUUCUAUCCUGUGAACCUUUUCAUUUUGUUAAUUUUUCCCAAUGUUUACAACCAGGAAAUAGCUUGUCAUCUUUGAUAUAAAACAGAAAUCUUUGCAAAAUACCAAUUGCAUUCUGUAGCCCUUGGAUCCGUUUCUACCCCAAUCUAUGUAAACAUUUAGUGGCAUAUAAUCUUGUGUGAGAAUACCUCAUGGU